CCUAUCCUAACACUCUUCCCACCCUUUGUAUUCACCCUGAAAAGAAAAGCCCUAAAAACCCUUUUCGAAAGAACCAGGUACUCCGUGACCCCAGCAAUCCGAAGAACAUUGCCGGUGCUCCCUGUUCCGGCAUACUAACCAUACCCCUUUUUAAUUCACAAACCCUAACCUAACACCCACCACACUCCCCUCCUUUCCCCUCACAACAGCACCGCAGCCCCACUCCCCCUUUUCCCCUCUCCAGCGCACACAACACAAUACACACACGCACCACCGCACCCACGCGGAAUAGGAGACCUCGAGGAAGGAGACGCCGCCUUGUUACCAGCUCCGUCGAAGACCAGCCCGCUGCCACUGUCGAGUCAAACCCGAGAAAGAGAGUGUGUGCGACGAUGAGAGAGGAGGAGCCGUCACCAAACGCGUCGCCGCCGCUGGAGGUGCUUCGCUCUUCGCCGUCGCCGAGGAGGGGAAAGAGGAGCUGCUCCCAUCGCGCCAGUCACCGUCGUGCUUCCUGGUUGCCGAUGAAGGAGCCGCGAGAACUGUUGCCGUCGUGGAGGAGGGGGACGCGCGAGAGGGAGCCGUCAGUGUGGUCGCCGUCGCAGCUGUUGAGUAAAUCUUCGUGCUUUUUCAGUAAAUCUUCCAUCAUCAUUUAACUGAAGCCAUCUUACGAAAUUUUACUAACAGCAAGUUCAAAAUGGGUCUACUAAUUUUCAUUGAAUGUUAUGUGCUGUCUGAAUUUAUGUUUUAUUGUUGAAUUUUUUAUAGUUCUCAGGAAAUCCAAGGAAAUCAAGUUCUGGGUUGAUUCUGUUCUGGUUCAGUAAGAUGAGUUCUCAGGAAAAGUCUCUGACUUUGGGUGGAAAUGAACAACAACAUGUUGAUGCUGAUGCUGAUGCUGAUGCAGCAGCUUCUUGCAGAAGAACAGUUUCUCUGCCAGCUCAAAAGUUUCUACUAUUGCAGAAGAACAGUUGGAGAUCUACAUGGAGAUCUUAAGCAGGCUAGAUAUGCACUUCAAAUGGCUGGUGUAUUGAUCUCUGAUGGUCAAGACUUAUGGACUGGUGGAGAAAUGGUGUUGAUUCAAGUUGGAGAUAUACUAGAUCGAGAUGAAGAAGAAAUUGCUAUCUUGUCCUUGUUGCGAUCAUUGGAUAAACAGGCAAAGGCAAAAGGUGGAGCUGUGUUUCAGGUCCUUCUUAGAGGCCCAAAGAACUUCAGGGAAGCUGUGAAACACUUGGGUCUGCUUCUGGUGUUCUUUACAGCUAUAUCAAGCCUUAUGUACGAUCUAAGGGAAGGAAGUUUGAGAAGGUUAGAGGAAGGAAGAAUAGCAAAAGACUUGGGGUUUAAGUUGUAUUAUUUCUGUAUUUUUCUUCAAUUUUUAGUUUUGGAAUUUGAAUUCGAGAUUUAUUUUGUAUUUGAGUAUUAGUUUUUUAAUGUAUAAAACAAUUAUAGCAAAAAUUAUAUAUGUCACUAAUUACUGUUUGAUUUGUCUUGUUAUAAAAAUUGCAUAUUAUAUUUA